UUGGCGUAACCCAUGGUUGUGGGACAUGGAUGUGCGUUUUCCUGACGGCUCAUCACGACUGAUCACGACUCUCUCGUUCCCCUCUCGUGGCGUUGGUGGUUUGUGCUUUGUUCCCUUUGCGACGACGAGUCGUGCUUAUCUGCGCCAGAGCGUGAAGAAUCCGGACCGUGUUUUCACGCGCAGACCAGAGUGCAAGGUCUCGUACGGCCGAGUGGCGCCGUCCGUCGUGGAGGAGACGCGUGUCGCCGAGUCUCGUUGCGAGCCUCGGCGAGAGAAACGUCAGCAUCGCGGGUGACGCCGGCCGCCUUGGAGCCUCGUUUAGAGUGUCGAGUCUCCGCCUCGAGGCCACACGCAGGCCUCGCAAGUACCGCGCGUACCAAGGUUGAAAGUUCGUUCGCUAUAGUUUCGUUAGUGCAGUACAAAAAGAAACGGUUCGCGUGGUUUAUCGAUACUUUCUUAGUUUGUGUUGUGUCCAAGUUGAAAGUUUAAAACGACGCGAAAGUUUAAAAAGUUCCGCGCAAGAAAAGCCCAAAAACAGUACUAUCGCAUAUGUGAGCAAGUAAAAAAAGUUCAGUUUGAGUAAUAAAGUAUAAGAAAAAAGUUUCGUAUAAAAAAAAGAGAAAAAAAGUCGAAAGUUGUGAUAUAAAGAAUGUUCGACACGAUAUGGAUCGCGCGCGUUGUGCCAUCAAGAGCGAAUACUUCACAAACUCUGAUUGACCCAGGCUGAAAUAGAGAGUUGUCGACAUGUCCGACUCUGGUACAGAUAGCACUUCGUCGGAGGGUUAUGACGAGGACAGGAAUCGGCUCACAUUAGCCGGGGACGAGGUGACGUCGUCACGCUACUCACACCAUUCCUCCGGAUCAGAGCGGCGAAAGUCUGCCACGAGUUCUAUCUUCUCCGGAGAGAAGUCUCUGCAAUCACCAUUGUCACCGGGUGGUGAGUCCAAGUCACCGCGGUCCACCCCGUUAUCGCCCAAGUCGCAAAGAUCCGGGAUAAUGUCUCCCAGCGAGGAAGGCUCUCCGAGGUCGAUCCGCAGUUUAUCAAAAUCACCACCCUUGUCGCCGUCGCCCAUAUCACCGUCAUAUCGCCCGCCGGCAUCGCCGACAUAUCAACCGAACGACUCGCCGAAGUCCUAUCAUUCGGGAAACAACUCCCUCGAUUCACCUCGGUCGGAUCGCAGCAUGUCGCGAUCACCUGUACAGGACAAUGGAUCGUGUCUCUCUCCGUCAAACGACUCCAAGUCUAUGCGCUUCGGGGACGUGGAAUCGAAGGCAUCUGACCUCGAAGCGGAUACGCAAAGAUCUGCCGACAAUUCGUUAAAAUCGUACUCUUACAAGAAUAGCGAGUCCAGGCAAAGUUCGCCAAAGUCGCCCAGAUCGGGCCGGAGUUCCGUCAAGUCCUUGAUAUCGGCGAGGAGCUCACCAAAGUCGUUCAAAUCCGGCCCGGCAUCUCCUAUGGACGAUCAGGAGUCGGAUAAACCCUCAUCGGUGCAUUCGGGCCCUCGGUCCCCCGAGGAAGAGAAAAACGGGUCGUAUAACGAAUUGGACGGCGAGCAAAUCUCGGAUGGGGACAUUGAGGAUGAACCAGAGCCCACGUCGAAAUCUAAACCUACACCUAUGACUCAUGGCGAGGAUUUGUCGGAUGUGUCGGAUCUUGAAAGCAUGGACGGACCUGAGGAAUCUACCGAACAAAACGUCGAAACAGAUAAAGCUCAGGAACAAGAUGCCAAACAAGAAAUCAUUAAUGACGAAGAGAAUAUGGAAAAAGAAGACAAAAUUGCACCGGUUGGCUUGACAGAAGAAAGUGAACAAUUAGACUUUGAAGCCGAUGGUCAAUGGAAAGACGAACGUGAUGAUGGUGAAACUGAGGCGCCUGUUGUGAAGGAAACUAAAGAAAACCAAGAAAAAGACAGUAAAGAGAAAGAUAAAGAUAAAGACAAGGAUAAGACGAAGUCGAAAGAAUCCGGCGAAAUAAAUGAUAAAGAAGAAGGAGAAGAAGGAGAGAAAGAGGAAUCUGAAUUGGAGGAAGGGGAGCUCAGUGACGGGGAUGACGUACGGCCGGAGGAGACUGAGCCAAGACCGGUGUGUCGCUUCUAUAGUCGUGGUCAGUGUACGUGGGGCGUUAGCUGUAGAUUUUUACAUCCAGGAGUGACGGACAAAGGUAACUACACUAUGUUCGAUAUGGUGAGACCUAUGGCGUAUCCGCCACACGCUGCCGCACCACAUGAAUAUAGGUCACACAUCGAUAGACCGAGUAUGCGAUCGUCGUUACCCGGUUACGGUGCUCCUACACACGCACCUAAGGUGGAGGAGACGCCGGCUGAAUCUGCUUGGGAGCGCGGUCUGCGUCAUGCCAAGGAAAUGAUGCGUAAAGCCAAUAAACGCAAAGAAUCGGAUAUGGAUUUCGAGGAGAAAAAAAUGAACUUGAGUUUAGGACAAGAUGAGCUAGAUAGAGAGGCUGGUUAUUACGUUCGAGCGGCUAGUCCAGAGCCGCCGGUCGAGAGAUGGCCGCAACGAGAAGUACCGCGCAGGGUAUCGUCAUCUAGACUCACGCCAGAAAGAUAUGUUGACGAACCUGAGGGAUAUUAUCCUCCGUCCGCGUCAACUGACUAUUAUAGACGAGUACACUACAAAGAUUCCCGUGAUUACCGGGAUCGUUUCGAUUAUCACGCAAUUCCUCGUGGUACACAAUCGGUUUCUCCACCACCGCAUAAUCGCGAUCGCGAGAGGGAGCGAGAUCGUGAGCGCGAAAGAGAGCGCGAUUACUACGAGAAGUAUGAGAAGAAGCAUAAGCGGCCGUCGAGGGAGGUCAUUGUGGAACGUAUUCCUCCGACAAACAAACCUUGGCGAGAGGAAGAACCACCUCCUGUCGAGAGGAGUAGAGGUGACGAAUGGGCAGACCCGUGGAUGCGACGCAAAUCUCCGAGCACUAUACGCCGCAACACGUCAUCCCGUCGACAGCCUCGGCGACAAUCUUAUUCUUCCGGAUCUUCAUAUUCUUCAACGAGUUCUAGCCGUAGCUCCAGUCGUUCUAGCUACAGUUCUUACGACUCCCUAUCCAGGUCUCGUUCACCCUCUCCUCCAUCUAGAACCCGUUCCGCUGGCAAAAGCAAGCCCCCUGUCAUCACUUCCCCACCUACGAAUCCUCCGGCUGUUACUGCAGCCACGCCUCAACGAGCCAUGCUAAUGAAUCCUCCUGCCCCUUCUCCUCGUCCACCCAAGGGCUCUAUCUCCCCUACAACGGGUACGCUGCAUCGACGGGCUGGAUUGAACCCACCUGCCCCAAGCCCGCUCUCGACUCAUCGCCAUCACGACAAAGCCAGGGAACAAAAGGCUGCUAUCGCUGCAGCCGCUGUGGCUAAGAUCAUUAAAAGUCGUUCUAGAUCUAGAUCAUCCCACAGUAGUUCGGGAUCAGAGAGCAGCGGAAGUAGCAGUGAUUCGAGCGAAUCAAGUUACUCAUCGUCCUCCAGCGAGACGCAUAGAAGAAAGGGUUCGACGCCGCCGAUACCGCGCAAGGAUUCCAAAGGCAUCGAUGCAUUGAAGCUGAGCGGCGCGAAGCAGCAGAUUAAGCUGACAUUGAAACCCACGAGCAACGCCACAGCGGUAAAAAAAAUUGACCGUAGUGCACUUAUGGCAGGUAAAAAGCGGGGUAUCGAGUCACCGCCGUUAGACAGCAAGGCGCAAGUGGCCGCAGCGGCGGCCAAAGCCGCUAAGAAGGCAAGCUCGCGACGCGAGGAAUUGUUGAAACAACUAAAGGCCGUUGAAGAUGCUAUCGCACGUAAAAGAUCGAAAGUUUAAAAUUGACUCGACAUGACAGCGUGCAUUCUUCGUGAACAGGGAUUGAAAACACCAAAUAUCGGUUUUAUAUAUAUAGGAUCCUGCAAAGACCGUAACAAUGUUUGAAAUAAGAUUCCUAGAUCAUUUUGAGACGAAAAUUUUCAUAUCAAAAGUCAAAACUACUUUAAAUGAAAAGGAUUUAAAAUUGGCAAACCAAACUGUACACUCAGGUGUAGCACAUUGUGAAGGUAUAUGCAAAAUUAAUGUAAAAAAAUAAGAAUUGUUUAUGAACACCCUACUGUGAGAUGUCAUACUGAGCACUUGCAUUUUGAAUAGUUUGAUUUGUCAACGUUAAAUACUUUUCAUUCAAAAAACUAUUGUAACAUCGACAUUCUGGGUGUUUUCUAAUUACUUAAUACAUUUUGACGCAUGUACAAAAGAAUGCACAGUGUAACGUUGUGCACGACUCAAUUGGAACAAAGUAUGUAUUAAUAUGUAUAGUUUCUGAGUUUAGAUUAUUUUUUAUUAUCAUGUUCAUACCUUAGCAUUUUUUAAUUCCUGAUAAUGAUAGAAACUGCGUUUUCAUCAUUUCAAUUCCAUUUAUAUCUGCCGCGGUUAGUAAUUAUUUAAUUGAAUUAGAAAACAAGUUUAUACAGCCAAUUGAUAGCCCUCUGAAUUUUUUAUAAAGAUGCGGUAGAACCAGAAGAGUUAGUAUCGUUAAGGACUGCAGAAUGAACAGUUUUAUAAGCACUCCGAAUAAAAUUGCUGUAAUGCGAAAAAUAGAGUAAUACGGAAGAUAAAACCGAUACCGAUAUUCGAUAUUCUUGAGUCGAAGGAAGAGGACAACAACUAUGAAUUUGCGUUGGAAAGUGAAAUAAAGUAAGAAUUUAGCAUACCAUACUAAAUCGUAUUACGCAAUUGUGUAAAUAAAGUGCUGAAUAUAGAUGUGCUGUGUCGACGAUCAUGACAAUUGGAACGUAUGUCGCUGUGUGUACGAAAGUGAAUAUUGCAAUUGGAAAGCACCCUUGGAUAUGAGAAUUUUUCUCUCAAAAAUGGUUUCAAAAAUCUUCUUAAACUGCUUUUAUGGGACACUCUAUAUGAUAAUCGAAUAAAAACAAAUGAUAUCAAUUUCGAUAUAACAUAUAUACAGAUAACACUCCAUAAAAUUAACAUUGUCAAAUUAAUUAAAUUCGCUUUUUAUAUUUUAUGAAGAGAUGUUUAGUACUGAAUUCAUAUAUAUUGAUAUAUUUAUACAGGCAUCUCUCUUAAUUGUAAUUAAUUGUAAUUAAAAGUUUUAAAUUUAUUUUUUUUGUAACUUUUUUGUAAAAUUUAUUAAAUCUAAGCUUUAAAUGAUUUUAUUAUAUUGAGAUAUUAUGAAAAUCUGUUAUAUAUGAUUAUAUCGGUUUAAUAUAGAUCUAAUUAAAGAUUUUUAAUAAAAAUAGAAACGAUAUUAUUGACUAACGAAAUUAUCGCAGUAUUCGGUCUCUGUUCAUAAGUGCAGAUAAAUACGUAUGUGUAUUAAAUGUUAUCUAAGUACACUGCAUAAUUAGCUGCCAUCAACAUCACAAAUAACGAAAUAUAUGAGGCCUGCUAGAUUGUGAUGGUAUAUAUAAGCAAAAAUAAGUUCUCAUUUUAGAAUACAGGGUGGAUCCCAUUAUAUUCGUUUUAUUUCUUCACUAGACUUUCUUUUUCUUAGAUAGGUGCUUAAACGUAAUGAUUGAUAUUGUACAGUUUUCUCGUGAUUUUGUUUUAGCAACACUCGAGUAAUUAUUUUUAUGUAAAAUGUAAAACAUAAGAAAUAUAGUAUGCAUACCGAAGAA